GCUACAUUCGUGCAACCACCAUCGCUGAGAAUGGAAAGGCAAUCCCAUUCUUUGCCAAGCGCUCAACAGUUGCGUAACCCUGUGGAGUUGACCGCUGGCACCAAUCCACAAGAUCUUAUCAAUCUGCAAAGCUACGGUCUUGCUCCAAAUGUUAUGCUUUCAGCGUUCUCUACAGUCCAAUCAAAUUAUUCUCCACUGCAGUCACCGUUCCCUGCUCAAGGAGCUAUUUCUUUUAAUACAGUCGUUCCGCCAUUGCAGUACUCAGGUAUUGCUUUUGAUGCAAUAUAG